AUGCGGCACAAGACAGAAGUUCAGGACAAAACGGAGGUGCGGGAGAAGACGGAGAUCGGUGGUGCGGGACAAGACGGUGGUGCGGGACAAGACGGUGGUGCGGGACAAGACGGAGGUCCGGGACAAGACGUAGGUGCGGGACAAGACGGGGAUACGGGACAAGACGGGGAAACGGGACAAGACGGAGGUGCUGGACAAGACGGAAAUGUGGGACAAAACGGAGGUGCGGGACAAGACGUAGGUGUGGAAAAAGACGUAGGUGCGGGACAACACGGAGGUGUUGGACAAAACGGAGUUGCGGGACAAGUCGGUGGUGCGGGACAAGACGGAGGUGCAGGAAAAGACUUAGGUUCGGUACAAGACGGAGGCCCGGGACAAGACGUUGGUGCGGGACAAGACGGGGAUACGGGACAAGACGGGGAAACGGGACAAGACGGAGGUGUGGGACAAAACGGAGGUGCGGGACAAGUCGGUGGUUCGGGACAAGACGGAGAUGCGGGACAAGACGGAGUUGCGGGACAAAACGAAAAUUCGGGACAAGGCGUAGUAGCGCGACAAGACGGAGGUGCGGGACACGACUUAAGUGCUGGAAAAGCGAAGGUGAACAAUAUACAAAUGAUGAACACUGCCGAUUAA